AUGUCAAUCAUUGCACCGUUUUACCCAUAAUUUGCUAAAUCUAAAGACCUUUCUGAAGAUAUCAUAGGCAUUGUAUUUGCAGCUCAUCCUUUGGGGCAGUUUAUUUCUUCCUUGAUUUUAGGAAAAGUAAUAACCCAUGUAAAAAAUAUGCUAAUCAUAGGAUAAUAGAUAAAAAAUAAUGGUUAUUGGCAUAUCUUUAUAAGGUGUAGGCUUGUUCUUAUUUGGUUUGUUAUACUAUUUUGAUCCUUAUUGGGUAAUUCUAAUAGGAAGUUUUACUGCUAGAUUGAUUGGCGGAAUUGUAUUUAUAUCAUGAAAUAUACAAUAGGGUGCAUCUAUGUUUAUGACACCGUUUUAUGCAUUUAUUCCUUAAUUAUUUCCAAAAUCAAUUGAAGAAAAAAUAGCAAUAGCAGAAGUCUCAACAUCUAUUGGAUUCUUAGGAGGUCCUAUAUUGGGUUCAGCCUUAUAUCAAUUGGGUGGGUUUGUUUUACCUUUUUUUUUCUUCGGUGGGUGUUCAUUUGGGUUAGCAAUAAUUCUGAUCAUUUUUUCGAAAAGUUUGGAUGUGCCUGAAGUAGAUCUUAGUCAAUCAAUCAUAUUACAUUCAUCUAUAUAAAACCAAGAAUCAAUUAUAGAUGCUGAUUUUAGUAUAUCAUAUCUCUCAUUACUUUUCAAUUACCCAGUUGUAAUAUCAUUUAUCACAAAUACGUUAACACUAUCGCUAUGGACAUUCUAUAAUCCCACAAUAGCUAUUUAUUUUUUGGAAGAAUAUGGCAUUAAAGAAGAAUUAUCAGGAUAUUGGAUAUCAAUAAAUGCAGCAACAUUUGGAUUUUCUACUCUCUUCAUUUCUAGGAUAAAAUCUCAUCAAAAAUUUUAUAUGUAUUUUGGUUUGGUAAUCAGUGGAUUAUUGCAAUUUUAUAUGGGUCCUGACUAUAAAUUCACCAAUUUAAAUCCAAAAUUUGUGUAUACAAUAGUAGCAUGGUCAUUGGCUGGAUUUACUGGAGGAUUUCCUUAUGUUCUUACAUUGCCUUAAGUAAACUAAAUUCUUAAAAAAGACUAUUCUAAAUAUCCUACAUAAUGUGCAAAUAUAGCAUCUGCAGUGUAUUUAAAUAAAUAUAUGAUAGUUUUAAUGCCAGUUUAGCAGGAGGAGAAUUGUUUGGUCCAAUUAUGGGAGGCUAUCUUACAAAGUGGUAUGGAUUUCAAAGAUCGGCAUCAUUAUUAGGAUUUGCAGUUCUGAUAUGUUGUGCUUGUUAUGUACCGUAUUUAUUUUUCUUGGAUGAGAAGCUUGCCAGAACAAAAGCAAAUCAAUAAAAAAAAGUUGGUUUAAAAGAAUGA